CUGCCGGCACACUCAUCGGCUCGCCGACUUCCGACUACAGCGAACGCGAUGGCGCCGGGCGGCGUGGGACUUCGUUUGGCGGCGGUGUUGUUCGUCGUGGUUUUCCUUGGAAAUGAAUGCGCCGGCCUCGAUUCAAAGCGCAACCGAAGGAAAGACAAGAAUGGAUUGGAACAGGCACCAGGCGUCAGUGACACGCCCAACAUUGCACCACCCACUGACUUGAAGAUCGAAGUGUUUUGUAACAACACGGUUCAUGCCACAUGGAAAUAUGAGAAAAAAGGAUCUUUUUGGGGCUUUUCUGUAAGUCUCUGCAACACAGAUGCAAGCGAGUGCUCCAACAAAACGCUACCUUCUCAAGCGCUAGAGUUUUGGUCACCGCUGCGAGAACACGGUAGUGCCUACAAGCUUUCUGUGUUCGCAACCAGCUUCUCCAGUCAAAGUGAACCUGCACAAGCAAGCUUCAACUCCUUCCCGGAUCUGCCAAAAGUGGAAGAUCUCACUGUCACUGCCAGUAGCCCCAGCGAGCUGAGGGUGCAAUGGAAGAGCGAGUGGCGCGAUCACAUCAAGCUGAGCGCCUGCUCCGAGACGGCACCAUGCGUGAACGUCACGGUUCCGUCACAGCCUCCAACACAGACGCUCAAGCGCCUCGAACCAAGCACUACUUACGACGUGAAUGCUCAAACAGUGAUCACUUUGAACAACCGGACGUGUGAGGGUCCUGCUGUGAAGAGGAGUGCCUCGACACUGCAAUUGGAACCUCCGUCGAACCUCAAUGUCGAAGUACUCUGCAACAACGAAGCUCGUGUCACGUGGGCGUACGACCACGAGGAAUGGAUCACCGGCUUCGUCGCCAGGCUCUGUGACGCCAGUGGCCUCAAAUGCAUGAAUGAAACGGUCCACAAGCCCUCUCUGAGGUGCUCUUUCCCGCUGUCAAAGCACAACGCGACAUACAAUGUCAGUGUCUGGUCCUAUUAUCAGAGUCCUUCGACCAAGAAGAAAACGCACAGUGAACCAGCUGAAACGAGCCUGACCUCUUACCCGGAAUUGCCCGAACUGGACGACAUAGCCGUGAUCGGGGUGAACACAACUGCUCUCCUUGCUACCUGGACCACGGUGUGGGACGGCCGAAUAGCGUUCACCGUUUGUUCCGCGCCAAAGGCUUGCAAGAACUACACCGUUCCCGGGGCACCUCGGAAGCACACUUUCGAUGGCCUCAGUUCCAACACUACCUAUCGGAUCCGCGCUCAGGCAGAGGCGACACUGAAGAACAAAACAUGCCGGGGCCACCUACAGGAACGUUCUGCCUCGACGUUUGUGGAACGUCCGGGAAAAGUCCGCAACGUUCACCACACUGUUGAAAACGGCACCAUUCUUCAAGCCAGUUGGGAAGCACCUGAAGGUUCCAAAGUGUCUGGUUACACCAUCAAGUGCGGUGACCCUAAAACAAAUUAUACUGAAUCUGGAGAUUUUCAGGGUGGAGAGCCACUGAUUCAGAUUACUUUGGAACUUCAUGAACUUGUAGCUGACUUCAACUGCUCCGUCUUUGCGUACAACAUAAACGCUACAGGAGGCCGCGUCGAUGGACUGCCAGUUAGCUUCAGUGCCUCCACCAACGGCAUAGCGUCUCCGAAAAACCUAACUCUCGUGGAGCGCAACGCCACUAGCUUCACUUUCAGCUGGUCAGCCGAUCCAAACGCAACGAAGUGGAAGAUCGUGGCCACUCCGGAAGGCCAGUUGGGGCAAGAGCAAGAGAGCUUUGGCGAGUACGACACGCCGCACAAUGGCACUGUGACGCAUGCCGUGACUGGGCUUCUUCCGUGGACGCAUUACAAUGUUUCCGUCAAAAACUGCCGGGACACGUUCUGCGGCGUGCCUGCGUUUGUGCACAACGUCACUGAAGUCGCCGCUCCCUCAGAAGUGCGCAAUUUCAACUAUUCGGUUGAAAAGGAAGUCGACGUUCUCCUGACGUGGGAGAAGCCGGAUCACCCGAAUGGACCCCUUGACGGCUAUCUAAUUCGAGUCUACAACGAAGACAAGAAGGAAACAAUAUACACCGAGGUUCCAGGAGAUCUGACUGAAAAGCAGAUGGAGUUAAAGCAUGAAUUCAAUCUUUUCAAUGUGUCUAUAUCAGCGUACAACGAGCGCGAAUCCAACAAUCAGACGAUCUACGGCCCGAAAUCUGAGCUCUUGUUCGAAACGCUCGGCAAAGGCCCCGUACCUCCACGUCCGAAAACGCAAGACGUAAAAGAGGACAGUGUCGAACUCUCAUGGGAGGAACCUCAUGACCCCAGAUACAAUAUCACUGGCUUCAGCAUCACAGUCGACAAGCAGCCAUCGUACGAGACCAACCAGUCGAACAUCACAAUCGAGCACUUGGAACCAUGGAAGGAGUACCAUGUUAGUGUAGCUUCCUGUACUAGCAAAACAAGCUGCGGGCAGAGCAGGAGUCUCGAAUUCAAAACGGACUUUGCAGCGCCAUCGGAGCCACUGGACCUCAAAGCCCCGGAAGCCGGUACACACUGGAUGCUGGUGCAGUGGGAAAAACCGAAGGUCCUGAAUGGCCCACUGAGCGGUUACAACGUGAGCUUCAGCCACGGCGACAGCUAUAUAGACGCGGUCACCACGGAUCUGCACUAUAAUUGCACGAAGCUGGUUCCUGGCACCUCGUAUGACGUGUCGGUGUACGCAUUCAACGAGGUGGAGUCAGUCAUCAAGCGCGGAAACCGUACUACGCUCCAGGCUACAACACAAGCUGAAACACCAAGCGGCCAAGGCGUCUCAACGGCCACAAUUCUCUUGGCGGUUUUCAUUCCGCUCAUUCUGAUUGUUGCCGUCGCUUCCUACUUCCUGUACAAGAAGUUCCAGAAGAGGACAGGGGAACGCACACCUCUGAGGAGUGCCGAAGGAAUGUAGGAGGAAGAUUUAUUCGAAAUGAAGACACAGAAGAAUGAACGUGCAUGUGAUGUGGACUGUGGUGUUUUUUGCUUGGUUGUGUUUGAAUGAUAUAUUAUUAUGUAAAUAAAGAAAAUGCCAAAGUA